AUAGCCAAGUUCCUGUCAAAUUCCAGAUUCAGUCUUUCGUUUGGAAUAGUUAAGGAUGAACACCUGACUCGCUAACAACACGGACAACGAAUUGUGUUAAAACAAAUAUUUGUGAAGCAAAAAAAAAAAGAAAAAAAAUUUAAGAAAAUAUUCAAAAAGGCCUCAGGCAUCAACAUACUGAAACAAAUUACAUUUGUGGCAUACACACCCAUUUACAUACGCACUAACUUGGUUGUGAAUCGAAUUCAACUGCAGUGGGGCAACAAUUAAAUUAACGCCAUCGCAACUAAACGAACAAUCGAAUUAAAUUUACAAACAACAACAACAAAACAAACUACACAACCACCAAACUGGGUGAACCCGUGAAAAAGCCAAAACAGAAAAAACGAAUCAAAUUCAAAUAUAAAACUAACUUCAGAAUGCUCGAGACCAGAUCAACGGUGAAUAUACCGUUGAAUGGCAUACAAAAGAAUCAUAAACCAACGAGUCCAACAACAACAACAACGGAGAAUGGCGGUUACAGUGCAUCCGAUGCUGAGAAGGGUAUUGUCGGCAGCGACGACAGCAAAAAUGGCAGCGCGGAAGGCAAUAAUGUCGUCGAUAUACCCGAAGCGGUGCUAGAGAAACUAUUUCGCAACUAUGUUUUCAAACAACGUCGCGCCGGCUCCAAAUGGUUCAUAUUUGCAACAUUCCUUUGCACCAUUUGGAUCUUGAUAAUACCGCAUCAGUCGGAUGUGUUACCGAAUGCGUUCCUGGUGCUUUCGAUCGGCACACUAGUAAUGCUGAGAGUAAUACUGGAUCGGCGGGUGAUCGAUCGCAAGCGAUUCAAAAAGAUGCACAAACGUUUAACACUACACAGUACACUGAUGCUUUGGUUUCUAUUUUUCGCCAAUAUUCUCACAUAUUAUGAACUGCAAACGAAACCAUCACCGAGAGAAAUACUCGGUUGGAUCGCACUCUUCAACUUUCUCAUCUAUAUUACCUUGCCCAUGCAAUUGUUUUAUGGCGGUUGUAUAAUGGGUAUCGCGAGUUUGGUUAUGUUUCCGCUAACAGCAGUCAUGUAUGGCAACAUGAGACCACUUUUCUGGGAACAAAUGAUCGCCAGUGUUAUUAUGAUUUUUACCGCGGCUCUUAUUGGUGUGCUGUGUUAUUUCAUGAGUGAGGCGAAGCAACGACGCGCUUUUCUGGAGGCCAAAAAGAGUUUAGAAGUAAAAAUGAUUAUCGAGGAGCAAUCCGCUGAGCAGGAACGUUUACUACUGUCUGUACUACCGAAACAUGUGGCUGUAAAGAUGCGACAGGAUCUGGGUUCAACUAGUUCAGAGCCUUUCAAGAAAAUUUACAUGAGCAGACAUGAAAAUGUGAGCAUCCUUUAUGCGGACAUUGUAGGAUUCACAGCCAUAUCGUCUACUUAUAGUGCACAGGAUCUUGUGAAAAUGUUGAACGAACUAUUUGCGCGUUUUGAUAGUCUAUCUGAGAAAUACCAUCAGUUAAGAAUUAAAAUCCUUGGUGAUUGCUAUUAUUGCAUUAGUGGUGCACCUGACGAACGGCCUGACCAUGCUGUGCUCUGUGUACAUAUGGGUCUCUCAAUGGUGGAGGCUAUUAAAUAUGUGCAGCAGAAGGCCAAUUCGCCUGUUGAUAUGCGAGUGGGCAUACAUACCGGCGCUAUAUUGGCUGGCAUACUUGGCCAACGGCAAUGGCAAUUCGAUAUUUAUUCCAAAGAUGUUGAGUUGGCUAAUAAAAUGGAAUCAAGCGGCAAAGCCGGACGUGUGCAUAUUUCGGACAAAACUUUGGCAUUUUUAAAUGGCGCUUUUGAGGUGGAACCCGCAUAUGGUGAACGCAUGGAUGAGGCUUUACGCAUAGCGGGUUUGAAGACCUACUUCAUAACCAAUGUCUUGAAACCGUUCUCUUCCCCCGUUGCCAAAAGAAACCGCGAAUGUAGCGAAAUUGUUGCUGGUAAAAAAACUGAGGCUGAGAAGUUAGCCAUCGUUGAGAAGGCUGUUGAAGGUGGCGCUGCUGGCAAUGUACGUAAAGUUAAAUUAUAUAGUAACAGCGCCAACUUCAAGGUCCGCCUACAGGAAGAACUAAUCGCACGAGAUGGGCAUGAAGACCUCUCGAAUUGUACGAAUAUCUUCUUGAAAUUCAAAAACAAAAGUUUGGAAGCUGCCUAUGCCGCACAUCGUGAACCCUACUCUUCGCUACCAUUGCUCGCGACUUUGCUAGUGCAGGCGCUAGACAUCGGCUACUCCUAUGCAGUGCUUCCAAGAUCACAGUUGCAUUUGGUAAAUAUUUCGGCGCCUUUAAUACCCAUGGCAAUGUUGAUCUUCAUUUCAAUAGCUGAGAGUUUUCCAAAAUAUUUACCCGAAUCCUUAGUAAGUCUUAGCAAACGUUUCAACGACAUAACAUUCGUGCGAGAGUUAACAGCGAUCAUAUUGGCUCUGACAAUAGGAUUCAGUAAUGUUGUGGAUAUGUAUUUCUAUGUGAUCUACUUGAAAACGGAUCAUGUUGUUGUGGAGAGUGAAAUCGAUACCAUCACAAAGAAUAUUCUUGCCUCACCAGAGCCAUCGUUUGCAUCAUUGUUGGCUAAUGCCACUUUGCCUGACGAAAUUCACAUGUUUCCCUCGUACAUGAGUAAUUAUGCCGUGUUGAUACUGAUUGCGAUCGCCGUCAUUGCGCAGCUGACACAUAUUACAAAAAUCGUGCUCCUCAUUAUAAUAACGGCACUUCAUUGCUAUUGUAAUAUUUUCGUUUUGGGCGAUUUAUAUGCAUUCGAGGACGAACUGGCUGCCAAUCCCAUAAUACCCACCGCAUAUAGACUCUCGGCGGUGCUAAUUUUUGUCACCUUGGCGUUAUCGUUUCUUGUGCGUCAUGUCGAUCGUGAGGAUCGUGUUAUAUUUAAGUGGAAAACCGAAGUUGCUGAGCAACGUGAGAAGGCAACAGAUAUGCGACGACGAAACGAGGCACUCGUGUACAACAUACUACCGGUACAUGUGGCCGAACAUUUUAUGAAGAAUACCAAACGAUCGCACGAUGAUCUCUACUCACAGAGUUAUGCUGAGGUGGGUGUGCUAUUUGCGAGCAUGCCCAACUUUUCAGACUUUUAUUCCGAGGAAACUGUUAAUAAUCAAGGACUUGAGUGUUUGCGCUUUCUCAAUGAAGUUAUUUCCGAUUUCGAUGCGCUAUUGGAGCUACCACAAUUCCAAGAUAUAAUUAAAAUUAAAACAAUCGGUUCCACUUAUAUGGCAGCGAGUGGUAUCAAUUCGAAUCGUAUCAGUCAACCGGAUGAUCCAAUCACCACACGCUGGUCACAUUUGGAGGUAUUGGUCGAAUUCGCUUUGGAGUUGAAGAAAGCUUUGCAAGGCAUCAAUGAACAGUCGUUCAAUCAUUUUGUGCUCAAAAUGGGUAUCAAUCAUGGUCCCAUCACGGCUGGCGUAAUUGGUGCACGUAAGCCACACUAUGAUAUUUGGGGUAAUACAGUAAAUGUGGCAUCACGCAUGGAGAGCACGGGUAAAGCGGGCGCCAUACAGGUGACAGAUGAAACUUGCGGUAUUCUCCAAGAAUUCGGUUAUACCUUCCAACAACGUGGACUUGUUAGUGUUAAGGGUAAAGGACAACUAAUGACCUUCUAUCUACAAGGUAAAACCGAUAAGGGCAGCAGCCACAAACCAGCAGUGCGUCAAACGACAGAAGAGCCAGUAGAAAAUCACCAACAACCCACAACCGAACAAUGCAAUGGUCAUUCGACAUUGGAACCGGAUAUAAAAACACCACUACUAGAUGUGCUGGCACAUGAAACGAAUGCAACGGCUGAUGGUGAACGCGAUGCAUUAAUAAAGUAGAUGCAAUGAAAAUAAAAAUUAAGAAAAAUGGAAAAAAAUUGCAACCAAGAAAAUAAAAACAACUCCAACUACAAAAAAACUCCAAACCAGCAAAUAGUCACAAAUGCUUACAUAAAUUAAUUGUAACAGAUACGCCAGAAUAUAGGUAAUGGCUUCCACAAACUAAAAAAAAAAACAGUGAAAUAUGAACAUUUGGAAGUCCAAACACAUAUAAACUUAAACUACAACCCUAUAGGUCUAUAGGUGCUUAACGUCCCCAAACAAGAGCAACAGAAAAUGUACAGAAGCAAUAUUCAAGCAGUCAAACAUAUAUAUCUACAAGCAUAAUACAUACAUACGUAUACUAAAAACGUUUAUCUACCAAAUAGUAAAUACAGUUAUUUAAUAAAGCAUUAGUAUAAUAUAUAAAUAUAUAACUAUAAUGGAAUGAACAAACUUAAGUAAUAUAUUAUAUAAAAAAUUAGUAAUUAAAUAUAUUUAUUAAAUGUGAUUAGCUAAGUAGUAAAAUAUAUUUGAUUUUUUAUAAGAAUUGUGUAUUUGCAUUUUUCUGGGUUUUUGUGUAAUACCCGAUUUUGACUGCCAGAC